AUGGAGCCCUUUAAUUAUGGUGAAAUCGCCAUGAACAAAGAAAAUUCUAAUGGAAUUCACGUAUCGUAUAUUUAUAACCCUGGUAAUGUUCGCCAAUUGGGUUUAAAGAAUAAGGGUCGUUGUCAAUGGUUGCACCUUAAGCUUAAUGGCCAACUUAGAGUUUAUUUAUUGUUUGUUGAACAUCGAGUUCUCAUCAUUUUAAGAACUCUUGUUUUCAGAACUGAAGAUCUCCGUGUGCCAUUUGGAGAGUUUGGCCCUCUGAAGGAUGUUUACUUGCCACGAGACUAUUAUACCGGAGAACCCCGUGGUUUUGGUUUUGUUCAAUAUCUUGACCCAGAUGAUGCUGCUGAAGCCAAAUAUCAGAUGGAUGGACAAAUUCUUCUUGGUAGGGAGCUGACAGUUGUUUUUGCAGAGGAAAAUAGGAAGAAGCCUUCGGAUAUGCGAGCAAGAGAACGUUCUAGGGGUCGUUCCUAUGAUCCUAGAGGGUCAUCCAUUCGUUAUUCUCGUUCACCCCCACGUGGAAGAUCAUAUCAGCGUAGUCCAAGAUAUCGUUCUCCUCCUAGACGCUAUCGUUACUCGAGGUCCAUUUCACCUCGAGACCGAAGGUACAGACAGAGAGAUAGGUCUUAUUCCAGGUCUCCAUAUGUUUCCAGGAGCAGGAGCCCCACCCCAUUCAGGAGCAGGAAUCCCCAAGGUUAUUAGGUGACUUGCGCCGUAAUGACCAAAUAUUUCCCAACCAAUUGAACUCCGUUCACGAUAUUGCUGUGCUUUAAAACUACAUAUUAGUCUACUACUACAAUUCUAAACCGAGAUCAAAACUCUACAUUUAGUGGACUCCUCCUCUAGCUUGAUGAUGCAUUAUAGCAUAUUCACUACAAUGUAUUAGAUUUCAUUUGUGAUGUGAACUCGUGAUCUGCUGGCUUCAUGUUCA